GACACAACUUUAAGUUCUAAAAGCAAAAGCCUAUAGCAAUAGCACCAAUGCUAUAUAACAUUGUAAAAUUCCUCAACAAAAUAUGGGUAUCUCGUUUAAAAGAGAAUUACUAGAGAUAAAUAUUUUAUUCAAAAUGAAUAAACAAGUUAUUACAUAAUAAAUUAUUAAAUUAUAUUAAAAAAUUUAAGGUUCUCACUUAUAGUUAAAAUAUGAGUUAAUAAGAAUAAAAUAAUAAUUUAAAUAAAUUUACAACAUUUAAAUAUCUGUCCUAAAUAUCUGUCCUACAUUCAUUAGUGAAGGCAUCCUUAAAAAAUUGAAGACCAUAUCAAUUAGUCUUCCAUCUUACAAAUAAGAAAAUUAGAUCAAGAAGGAGACAGAUCAAAUUGACCAGAGUACUCAUACUCUUAUUCCUAUUUACAUGAUGGGUAUUUCUGCUUCGAAACAAGCAAACAAAUAAAAUGAAAUAAAUGGCAGUUCACUUGCUUCGUUCCAAGAGUGGACAAGGUUGGGAUGAGAUCACGUGUACACCAAUUAUCGAUGAUGAUGUGUUUGAAGACCUUCUAAAGGUGCAUCCUAACAUAAAAAACCUGAACAAAGUGCCUUUUCCCUUCUACAACGACCAUCUUGAGAUCUUUGGGAAAGGUGGGACAGCAGCUGGAAGAGUUACAUGUGGUAUUUGUGACGGACCACCAUCUCCUAAAAAUCUCCUGCAUAUGGAAGGCUUUGACACACCAAUUGAUCUAGAUGACCAGAGAUGCACAGAGAUACUAUAUGACAUAAUCAAUGAGGGCAUUGAUAUGCAACAUCCAACUGCCGUGGAAGCUGAAACACAAGCCACUCCAACUACUCAGAAACUUCCAUCUAACCCCAAAAGUGGAGCUGGCAGCAUCCAAACAACUAAGAAAAGGGCUAAGAAGAGUGAAAUGACAACUGAUUCAGCUAUAGCUAAUGUGUCCUCUCAACUUGGUGAGUUGAAGCCAAUAUUAUUCAAAGUUGUGGAAGCACUUGGAUCCAUAACAAGUGAGCGAAGUGAGCGAGAUGGUGACAACAGCAAGCAGGCUGCCUUGAUCAAGGAGAUAGGCAAGAUUGAUGGACUCACGCGUGGCCAAGUCAUUGAUGCUGCUAUGGCUUUAGUAGACAAUGAUCCAAAGACUAGACUUUUCUAUGCAUUGGAAAGCGAUGAGGACCGAUGCCACUUCAUCAAGAAUCUGCUACGCUGAUUAGGCUUGUGUAUGAACUAGUUGGUACUCUAUUUUGCAGAACACAUGUGGUAUGGAUGUGAAACUUUUGUUUUUUGCAAGGUUAGAUCAUCCUAGAUUUGGCUGUUGCAAGUGUUGGUGGUGGACACACUGUCAUUUUGCUGAAGUUUCAUUACAUCCCAGCAUGUGUUGUUAAUGUUUCAAGGAUUAGAGUUGUAUUCCCAGAGUUCGUAGGAGUAUACAAGCUGUUGAACUCUUUUGUAGCAGGCUGUAUUUUGCAGGUCCAUUGUGUAACAAUGUUGAUGAAUUUCUCCAUCAGUAAGCAACCUGGAUAUUUCAGUUAACAAUGUCAAUGAAUUUCCCCACCAACAUGCUUGUUUAAAGAGAAUCCCAGAUUAAAAGAACAGAUAUUGU